AAUGGUUUUAAGUUGGUUCCGAGAUCCAGCAUUAUGGGAAAAAACAAUCAAUUUGGUCGACGAAUUUCUGUGCUCAUGUGCUUGUCUUUGUUUAUAAUGUGACACGACUGUUGUUUUGAAUAUAUUUGAAGUAUUUAAAAAAGAAAUAUUUACUACAAUUUGUAUAUAUAGUUUUGCACCAUUGAGUCAACGAUUACAAAAGGAGCGCAGCCUGGACCGAUCAGCUCGUUCUAUUGUGCAACAAGCACACUAACCAUGUUUCGUACAUAGUGAUAGUUAUGUUUGCUAGUGCUUUCCUCUUGAAUGACAGGUAUAAUACUCUUUGUGGAGUUCAAUAACUUACUCUUCAAUGGCCUUUGUUGUAUUUCAUGCCACUAGUAAUUUAUAAAAGGAGCGUGAACCCCAGUGACUGAGGAAAAGUGCGUGUACUAUUGGUGUGCAUAGAUUGCUGUAGCUGCAAUGUCAUGAUACUAUUAGUCAUUCGACAUAUGUUCGUUGUAUAUGCAGAAUUUGAGAGUGGUGGUUUUGGAACAUUUUGAACGGCUCGUAAAAUAUUUAAAUGGUUUUACCCUUUCAUCAGGUGACAUAUCACAAUGUACAGCUUUGAAGGGGAAUUUCGUCGCAAACCUCAACAGAAUUUGGCUGGUGCCAGUAAAAAGCAAGAAAGAAGUGAAUUGUUACAAAGGGCACAAAAUGAAAGGCAAAAAAGAGAG